GGGGCCCGAACAUAUAGCCAAGGUAGAAGCCUUGCGCCUCCGCUGGCUCCCUUGCCAGCCACCCGCGCCGCCUCCCUCCCUGGUCCCUGGUGCGCCCCCCAGAAAUUGGGACUGGCACGCGGCCGAUGGACGGGGGCGCGGCGCCGAGCGAAUCCUCUCCGCGCAGCACCGAUGACGCGAUCCGGGAGCCCCAUGCAGGCCGCCCGGCUCUGAGCCCGCGGCCACCCAGGCCGUGGUCGGUGGAACCGGUGGGCGGCAGGCUCGCGGGCGAGGCGAUCGAGAGGAGGGUCCGUGCCCUGGAGGACACGCUCCGGGCAGGCGGCGGGCUCGCUGGCGCGGCGGUCGAGGAGAGGCUCCGCGCCGUGGAGGGGGCAUUGGCAGUGCUGGCCGACGCGGCGCUCGAGAAGCGAAUCAGCGCCGUGGAGGAUGCGAUCCGACAGGGGCGCAAGGAAACGACGUCUUUCGGCCAGGUCGAGGAGUCUGAGGAGGUCGAGGUGCCUUUGCCGAAUCGUGGACCCACCAGGGUCAGUAAUGUGAGAAAGUUAGUGACUCCACUCAUGCUCGAUAGUGGGGACAUGUACACCAUUGGCGAGUCAGUUUGGGACUCGAUGCUCUUCUGCGGGCACAGCUCGAUUGGUCUCACGAACUCGGUGAUGAUGUUCUCCAUAUGGUUUCUCAACCUGGUUCUGCAGUUCAUGUUCAUUGUGAUCAUCGUUUAUCUGAUGACGCAGUCUGUCAGCCUGGACGCAGAUGUACUUGAUGGCCUGCUCAAGUUUAGGCUGGGUUUGGCGCACAGAGCCGAGUAUGCAGACAAGGUGACGCAACGAUCGAUGGCCCAACAGAUCUGCGAUGGAGAUUCUAAGCUGCACCUGGCUGGUGAGCAGACGGGUCUGUACACCGACCUCAUCGAUUACGUUCGUGGAGGUGUCGUAGCUCAGUGCCUCGUUGUAUUCAUUCAGUUCCUAUGGCUCUGCACAAUACUGAAGGAUGUCGAUAAUACAUACAGCACAUUCAGGGCAGUGUGUCAGUGCAGGAGGGGGAGCCAGACAAAGCUCGUGAUUGCUGACAUGGAUGAUGACGAAGACGACAGAGCUGUUGACAUUGGUGUCGGGGGAGAGGAUACUGGCCAUCUGAUCGACUUCAUGAAGGUCGUGCGCAUCGUCACCGUGUGGCCUGGCCGCGUGGCAUUCUUUCUCUUCAGCGUGUGCCUCCCGAAAUUGCUGGUGGCCAGCCUUUUGUGGUGGUUCGGGGCCAAAUGGUUAGCCAACACGGUGAACUUCUCCAACCUGAUCUUGAACGGCGUGGCGCUCGCUUUCGUCCUCGAAUUCGACGAGGUGCUGUACUCGGUCCUCAUGCCUCGGCGAACCAAGACGCUGAUCUGCAACUUGGAGCCCCUGCCAAUGCCACCUCGCAAACCAGGCUCCAGGCUGGCUGGAAUGACCACCGCUUUCACCAUUGCCUUCGUCAUGGCCAUUAUCUCGAGUAUUUACAUGUUCGUGGUCUUGCCGAUCAAUUGGCAAAUCAUCCAGGGCGAGAAAAUCGUAUGCUCGGGCAGCCUGAAUUUCGUCUACACCGAGAACCCCGCCACUAAAAUGGUGCACGUCGCGAAGACGAUGGGGGAGAAUGUAUACACCGACACCGAGGAGAUUAUCGCGCAGGCGUCGCAGGUUGAACUCGAGGAAAACGACGGGUGGGAGGGCAGGGUGAGCCAGAGCAUAUUCGACGCGUCUAGAUCGACGUUUGUCCGGGUCGUCGACGAGUCGACGUUCGGCUUGAUCAUCGAUAUGAGCGUGUGGAGCCUUUCGGACGCGGCCAGCACGCUACCAUGCCGCGAUCUGGGCUCUGGCCAGAGCACCGAGGCAUCGGUGCAGACGCUGAGGGUGCUCAGGGGCGACCCCAACAUCAGCAGCUGCGACGACAUCCCGCGAGACCUCUGCGCCGCCCAGGAAAGCACGUGGCUUCGCGCCAUAUGCCCGAGGCACUGCCGCUGCGAGGAGCCGCUCCUGAGUAACGUCGGCUUCUUCGGAAAGGCCAGCUUCGGGUGCCCCGGCCAGUGCGAGACAUUCAAGGCGGCGACAAGCGAGAUAGCUUUCAGAUAUGCGCUGAGCACUCUGGAGAGUGCCAGCCGGCGCUUGCAAGCUCCGGAAUCGCUGGGCGCAGCAUUGGAUUUCUCAGUUCUAAAUCGGGGGUUGAGCGCAGCUCAGGACUCAAACGAAACCCAGAACGCAAGCUCAGACCAGUGGACUCCCUCCUCUUUGUUUCAAGGGUGCUCGGACUUCGCAAGCGCUGAGCUCUCCUUCGCAGGCGGAUGCGCUGACUCGAACGAGGAGACGCAACUCGACAAGAAUGGCAACGACUGCUCCGUGUACACGGCUGUCCCCUCUUUCUGCGGCGUGGCCGACGACGACGACUUCCAGGCGGCCGAUUUGUGCUGUGCUUGCGGUGGCGGCCGCGAGGACGUCCUGAGUUCUGCUUCUUGCUGGGACAAUUUUGAAAGCAUGUGCUGGCAUAUGCCGCGGACUGCCCGGGCGUUCCUGUUCUACGUGAGGGGCCUUUUUGAGUAUUUGAUGAGCCUGUCAGGAUUCCAGGACAGCGUCACCGAGGUCGUCGAGAAAGACUACGCUGGGAUCAAUCCCGACGAGGGCAUGAUGGCCGACCUCAUCGAGCACGUCGCGACCGGCGCCAUGGGGCGGGCUCUGGUCAGUGGCACUUGGGAGUUGAUGCCUGGGUUCGCGCACCCGCGGGGGUUGUCCGGCUGCGACUUUCUCGCGUCGUACGAGGUCAAGUCUUUGCUGAACCUCGACGUGUGCGCCGACGGGGUCUACACUCAUUUGAGGUUCUUCUGCCCAAAAGCCUGCGGGUGCGACUCAUCGUUCGGCAUGGGCGAGUGCCCCAUUGCUUGCGUCCUCACGGAGUGUUUGGAGGCAAAUGCAUCGUGUGCCCACGUGCACCCUUGUUAUAGCGACGAGUGCCUUGCUGGGUAUCACAACGAUGGCGGGCGUCCCACGUGUCUCAGCUGCGCCGGCGGCGAGACGAGGCGGCGGCGGGCGCUCGACUGCACGGACUGCCCCGACGGCUUUUACGACAUGGGGAAUGUGGACGACUGCGUGUCGUGCGUGGGUGGAGCCGUCCGGCGGCGACGCUCCCAGUCCUGCACUGACUGUGCCCCGGGCUAUGUCGACGCCGGCGACAGCGACGAGUGCAGCCCUUGCGUGGGAGGCACCACGACCCGCAGGCGGUCUGUCUUCUGCGCAGAGUGCGCGACUGGGAGGUACAACGAGGGGGGCAUGGAGGACGAUUGCCAGCUGUGCCUCGGCGUUUGGACGACGAGGCGGCGCGCGUCCACUGCAAGCGAGUGUCCAGCUGGCUACUAUAACGACGGCACCUCCGACGAUUGCCUUCCAUGUGGCAGAGACGGUGACACGAGGCGCCGCCGUGCCGAGACUUGCACCACUUGCGAUGCUGGCUACUUCAACCAUGACGGGGACGACACUUGUGAGCCUGUUGGGUGUCCAUAUAACUCUACUGGAGAGAGCGUUGCGGACGGAUGCAAGUGCGAUGUUGGAUUUGUCGGUGUGAUCCGACCUCUUUCCGGGCAACCGUAUUUUUCGGGUACAUGUUUGGAGCUAUCCUUCUACAAAAUAACUUCUGGAUUUUGCCCAAUUCCAGUCUUGGACACUGGUCUGUGUACUUUCGCUGCACAAAAACUUGGCAUCAGUGAGACCACCUCCGCGACUGAGAGAGAAACGUAUUACAGUUGGACGUGGUAUGAGUACCUUUCUUACGAGUGGGAGCCAUUGGGGUGUUACGUGGAAACUUGGUCGGGCUAUCUUCUGUCCAAUCAGCACGGAGAAAACGGUUGUAGUCCGAGUUAUCCGUGCUUUUGCAUGGGGUACGAGGACGAGUUUGUUUGCACUGAUUCGGGAGACACAACGUGCCCAAACGCCACUUCCGCUAAUUUUUCUGAAUGGUCUGAUUGUUGGGAUCACGAAAGAGAGAGUUGCUGUGUUUGCGGCGGUGGGGACCUCACGAAGCAGAAUGCCAGCUCGUGCGUGGACACAGAUGGAUUGCCCCGCAGUGUCCCCGCCAAAUUUAGUUUUGAAAACGGCCAGGGUUCCUCACUUCGAUGUCUAAAGUGGGACUGGAUGCCAUCAGCUUGUCAUUUGGCGAUCUACUAUGACGAAGAAGAUUUCACUGCUGCUGACAUGUGCUGCGCUUGCGGUGGCGGGCAAUAUGCGACCACCUGGACCGCUUCGAGCUCCACGACCACAACGUCGGCCACCGAGUCGAGCGCUACGUAGCUUUAAGUAAUACACUGGGCUUGACAGCUGCGCUCGCUGCAGUUCGCGCUGAUCCAUCUCCUGCCACGCCUCCUUCCGCUUGGACCUUCUCUGGCAAUUUCAAGGCCUGUCGAACGUCUGGGAAUCUCGGCACCUUGGCUAAAUGCUGCCGCUCGAGCACUUCUCCCUGCCAUCACCGGCGUCCGUGCCACGAAUUGCCUUCUGCGAGCUGUGCAAGCCAAAGUGUGCACAGCCCUGCCUUGCAUCUCCAGCGUCACGAAAAUCGUCCAAAAUCCGCCUCCUCCUACUCCUCCUGCUCCUCCCCCUCCUCCUUCCUCCUCCUCCCCUUCCUCCUUCUCCCCCUCCCUGCAUCCCACCUCCACGCGGCAAUCCGUGUACGAGGGGGAUAUCGUAUUUUUGCAACCCUCCUUCACGCGGCAUUCAGCGCACGAGAGGCUUAGUUUCACUGCACGGUCCUCUUCCACGCGACAAAAACGUGUACGAGGGGGAUUGUGUCUCUUUGCAUCCCUCUUCCACGCGGCAAUCCGUGUACGAGAGGGAUAUUGUCACUCUGCAGCCCUCCUUCACGUGGCAUUCAGAGAGAGGCACAUGUUAUUUUUCAAUGCGCAGUCUCCUCCACGCGACAAACAGAUAUACGAAGGGGAUGAUGUCUCUUUGCGUCCCUCCUCCAUGUGGCAAUCAGUGCACGAGAGGGAUAUCGUGUUUCUGCAGACCUCCUUCACGCGGCAUUCAGCGUGCGAGAGGCUUUGUUUCACUGCGCAGUCCUCCCCCACGCGGUACAAAGGCGUACGAGGAGGAUGUUGUUCCCAACCAUCUUGUGAUCGUCUGGGGGGCCGUUCUGGGCCGUCGGGAACCCUGCGUGGAGCUCCUUCGGAGCCAUCUACGUAUUGCUCAGUUGCUCGCCAUCCUGCUUAGAUCCAUGCUGCAGGUUUGGAACGAUUUGUUCAUUGCGCCUACGCAUUCAGGUAGGCGCGCCAGGUGAGAGGCACGAGGCCCUGUAGGUGAACCCGUGCUUCGCGGCACGGAGGCGUAUAUAGCGGCUGGACCUUGCAGUUGUUGCCUUCAGAUCAGGUAGGAUUUCCUGCCGCGGAGAGCUACCCUGCAGAGUUGGGCCCCAUCGCCUUACAAUUGUAUGGAGGG